AUGUCGGCUCUUCGCUACGCCGCCAAAGACGCGUUCAAAGGCCGCACGGUGCUCAUCACCGGCGGCGGCGGGGCCAUCGGACGAGCGGCGUCGCUGGCAUUUGCGUCGGCCGGGGCCAAUGUGGUGGUGAACGACCUGCCCAGCAACAGCGAGGGCGCGGGCCCGGCGGAGCGGACGGUCAACGAGAUCAAGUCGCGCGCAGAGGCAGAGACAGACGCCGAAGCGGGAUGGGGGUCAGCGAUCGCCGUGCCAGGCACCUCGUUCGAAGGCCAGAAGCUGGUGGACGCGGCAGUGAGCCGGUUCGGCCGGAUCGACGUGGUGGUGACGCUGGCGGGCACGCACGCGGUGACGCCGUUCGCGCAGCACACGAUGGAGGACUUCCAGCGGGUGCUGGGGACCAACACGUUCGGGGCGGUGUCUCCGAUCCUGGCGGCGUGGCCGCACUUCCAGCGACAGCGGUACGGGCGGGUGGUGACGGUGACGUCCGACACCAUCUUCGGCACGACGAGCCUGAGCUCGUAUAUCUUCUCGCGCGGGGCCAACUUCGUCGGCGCGCGCGCCCUGGCCAUCGAGGGCGCCGACCACAACAUCCUGGUCAACUGUGUCGCGCCCGUGGCCGCCUCGGCCCUGUCGUUCGACUACAUCAAGGACAUGGAGCCCAGCGUGCGCGCCCAGUACGAGGCCCAGCUGACCCAGAAGUUCCCGCCCGAGGGCAACCUGCCGAUGAUUCUGGCCCUGGCCCACGAAUCCUCCACCAUCACCGGCGAGACCUUUUCGUUGGGUGCCUAUUGCGUCUCCCGCAUCGUGCUAGGCUUCCAGGACGGCAUCACCAACGCCCGCUCCAUGGAGGAUAUCUUCAAGCGGCAGGGCGAUAUUCUGGGCCCGCCAGGCAAGGAGGUCAAGAUCCCCGCCAGCAGUGAGGAGGCCAUGAACACGCUUCAGCGGAGCAGGGAGUGA